GAGGACUUUAAAAUAAUCGGCAGAGCGCCACCCGUCCGCAGCGCGAGCUCUCGCAAAACGCCCUCGGCAGACAACGCUAAAACCAAGAGCAGCAAACCAAGAAAAAAACAAAGGAACAGGGAAAUCGAGAAACCAAAAAAAAACCCUACCUUCCUUCCUUUCUCUUUUGCGUUUCAAGUUGUCGCCCGACCGCCCGGAUCCGUCGGAGAUCGGGAGCCGUUGGCUAGGGAGAGCAGCUCGUACGCCGGAGGAUGACGCGGGCCGCCGGAUUUCCGCCGUAGCUUUUCGAAUCUCUUGUCGGGAGCUCAAGUUUCAACUAUUUCUCCUUCUUUUUUUUUUUAAAUUUUAGGUAAUUUCCGGACUUUUUGGGAUCUAUUUCAGUUAAGUUUGAGCCCUUUUAAGUGGAUUUAGGUUGUUUUUAGUUUCACGGGGAUCGUGUCGUUUGGUCUUUCUGAUUCGGGUUGCUAUUCGAGAAUGACGGUCAUGGUUGGAUUAAUAUUUACGCUGCCAAACUGAGCAAUGCCCCCUUUUUUGUUAUUUCGACCGGAGUCGAGAUUGUGGGGAUUUCUUGGCCUGGAAAGGACACGGAACCGUUGGAAAGAUUCGGUUUUGGGUGACAAAAUCUAUUUUCGUUUUUUUGCACGGACGUCCAUUGGGCUCCAUUUCAUCGGUCUGGUUUCGUGUUAGCGAAAGCACGCAGUUGGAACUUUGCUUUUUUGGAUUUUAUCUGCAUAGUGGCAGCAAAAUAUAUGCUUUGGGAUUCUACCACCACGACAUUGUCAGGUUUCCCUUUUCAAAGAAGAGUUGUUUUUUUUUUUUUUUUUUUAAUUUAAUGUAUGUUUCUUUUACUACCUUAUAUAUGUGGAUCCGUUUUUUCUCUUUGGUUAGAAAAAAUUGGGAUCUUUUUAUUUGCUUCAUAAGUUCGCUUUCAUGAUUGAUGUAUUCGGAUUAAUGGGUUUGGAGACGUUGUUAAAUUCCGUUUCUUUAAUUCCCGUUUUGGUUUGUUUCUGUGGAGAGAAGUACAGAUUUGUUAGCAGAUUCGUUGCUUCAAGUGGAUACUGAAAUUGCCGGUAAAUCUGGAAACGAAACAAGUGGCGAUGUGUUUAUAAAAAGUGGUCCUUUUGUCAGUGGAGGCCGGUGGUUCUAUUCAACAGUUGGCUUUUCCCCGUAGAUCCUUAGUAAACCUGAAGUACUUUGGAUUUUAUUUCUCUAUGAGUCACUUGGUGUCUUCUCUGGGCGCCUAUGUUGAAAAUGACCUUUUCGCUUCUUUUCCCUUUUCUUUCUCAUAUGUUUUCCUGAUGGACACUUUUCACAAUUCCAAGCAUGGGCCAUCAAUUCUUUUUGUUAUACGAGUUCAGUUACCAUGUUUCUUGUGUCGUUAUUAAGUGUCAUAGACUCAUAAUGGUAAUCUUUAGUUAUAUUAAAAUUUUUGGCAAUAUAUAUUUGCCAGUUUGAGGGGAUUGCACCUAUUUCAACUUCCAUGUAAGGCACGUUUCAUGCUCAUUGCAUUUGGAUUUGAUUUCUAGUGGAUGGUUCUUCUUGUAAGGAUGGCAUAAACUACUCAAAUGGAACUAAUUAUUUAUUUUCACCCCAUGUUCUCUUAUAAAUGUCUGUUAUGUCUGCAUCAUACUAUUUUCUUGAGAACUAAUAUCAACUAUUGAUUUUUUAGCCGGCAUGGUUUUGCCUUUUGAAGGUUGCGGUAUAUGGUCGAUUUAUAAGAAUCUUAUGGGAUAAGUAUGCUAAAUUCAGGAAAUGCCAGAGGAAGAUGAAACAGAAACUAUACCUGUCGGUUCUGUGUGUAGUUAUGUUAUGCAUCUUCUAUACGACGACAAACUUUCAAUAUCAACAGACCGAGUUUGAAGCAAGAUCACGCCCUUUUGAUUCUGAUUUAAUGACGGAAUCCUACAUGACCACCUCAAGGAUUGGCUACUUACCCCGUGGUAUAGUGCACUCAAAUUCUGACAUGGAAUUAAAGCCCCUGUGGGUCACAAAAAAUUCAGAGAGCAAGGAGCCUGAUCAGAGUCAUCAGAACUUACUUGGAAUUCCUGUUGGCAUAAAGCAGAAGAAAAACGUGGAUGCCAUUGUCUCGAAGUUUCUUCCAGAGAAUUUUACAGUUAUACUGUUCCACUAUGAUGGGAAUGUUGAUGGAUGGCAUGAUCUCCAUUGGAGUAAUAGCCUUAUCCAUAUAGCUGCUCCUAACCAAACAAAAUGGUGGUUCGCAAAACGCUUCUUGCACCCAGAUGUUGUCUCCAUAUAUGAUUAUAUAUUUCUUUGGGAUGAAGAUCUUGGUGUAGAAAAUUUCCACCCUGGAAGGUACCUACAAAUUAUGAAAUCAGAAGGACUGGAGAUCUCACAACCAGCAUUAGACCCCAAGCUGUCUGAAAUACAUCACCGAAUAACCAUUCGUCGAAAGAAAGGGAAGGUCCACAGGAGAGUUCAUGGUACUCGAGGCAGUGGAUAUUGUUCAAAUGCUAGUGAGGGCCCCCCAUGUACUGGAUGGGUAGAGGGCAUGGCACCAGUAUUUUCAAGAGCUGCCUGGCGUUGUGCAUGGUAUCUCAUCCAGAAUGAUCUGAUUCAUGGAUGGGGCAUGGAUAUGAAACUCGGGUAUUGUGCUCAGGGUGACCGAACUAAGAAGGUGGGAGUGAUAGAUAGUGAAUAUAUUGUCCAUCAAGGUGUAGAGACAUUGGGAGGGUCCUCAAAUGAAAAGAAAGCUGUUCGCCGGACUUCUGGCCGAUCUAAACGGUUGCUUCCUAAGGCUACUUUGCAGAUGCGGGGAAGGACCCCAUUUGAUGCUCGGAUUGAGAUUAGGAGACAGGCAAAAUCAGAGCUCCAAAAUUUCCAGGAACGCUGGGAUCAGGCUGCAAAAGAAGACAAGGAUUGGGUCGAUCCCUUUCGGACUCAUUAGAAGAUCCCUGAACCACGGCCGUUAGGACAUUUUUUUCUCCGUGUUUUAAUUAGAUCAUACAUUCUAAAGUUCUUUAGAUGUAUAAAAAUAUUUGUUCAUUUUUUAGCGAGUUCUUUUUUUUUUUUUUUUUUUGAAUCCUUUCAGAUCGGUGUAGUGAAGUUUCAGAUCAGUGUAUCGAAGAAUUUUCCAUUGUUAGAAUUUUUUUUUAAAAUAUGAAUUCAAUGGAGGACAAAUGCAAAAUGUCCCAUGUGAUUUGUGAAGCU